CGACAGUACCGAGCAGACGUUAGUAUAACAUUUGGUGGGCAAAUGCAUUCACAAGGUAUAACUACGACCGGUUCUAUAAACUGCGAUGCAAGGUGUGAUCUCGGGCAAUUGUUCUACUACAAAAUGAGAAAAAACGAAAUAUUCUACUCCAAAAUCUUUGUUGACGGAGCUAAGUGUGAUUGGUGGGCUGAAUCACUGUGA